CAUGAACGUUUGACUCGAAGGCGCGUCUCGCCGUCUGCCCAAAAGCGUUCCCUUCGCCCGGUGGUCGCCCGUUCAACUUGAAGAUUCAGAAUCAGGCAGGCUGCCUCGCGGAAGAACUCGCUAGGAGCCUCGCACUCCCAUACACAUAUCUACAAGCUGCCGUGCCACACCCGUCCCCACAUAUCCAGCAAUGAGCUGGGACCUCGACGUAUUCAUCGAGCGGCUCUACCGCAACCAACUCCUCUCGGAAACCAUCAUCCGCGAACUGUGCGAAAAGACAAAAGAACUGCUCGUCAAAGAAGGAAACGUCACCCAAGUAUCUGCACCCGUGACACUCGUCGGUGAUGUUCACGGACAGUUCUUCGACGUAUUGGAGAUUUUCAAGAUCGCCGGCUGGGCUCCGUCAACCAACUACGUCUUUCUGGGCGAUUACGUCGAUAGGGGAUACCAUUCCGUGGAAACUAUUACAUUGCUUAUGUGUUUGAAGCUGAGAUGGCCCACGAGGGUUACACUGAUUCGUGGGAACCAUGAGUCUAGAGCCGUUACGCAGACAUACGGGUUCUAUACAGAGUGCAUGCGGAAAUACGGCAAUUCGAACGUCUGGUCCUAUUUCACGGACUUGUUCGAUUACCUGGUUCUGUCUGUGGUGAUUGAUGAUUCGAUUUUUUGCGUGCAUGGAGGUCUCAGCCCAUCUAUACACACCGUCGACCAAAUACGAGUCUUGGACCGGUUUCGAGAAAUUCCCCACGAAGGCGCCAUGGCCGACCUCGUCUGGUCCGACCCCGUCUCCACACCCCCCACCUUCACCACGGGCGUCUUCGCCGACGAAAAAGGCGACUUUGCAAUAUCACCGCGCGGGGCAGGCUACAUCUUCGGGAAGGAGGUGACGCGGAAAUUUCUGGAGACGAAUGGGCUGGGGCAUAUUUGUCGCGCGCAUCAGUUGUGUAUGGAGGGAUACCAGAUUCUGUUCGAUGAUAUGCUCUCGACCGUAUGGUCUGCGCCGAAUUACUGCUAUCGGGCUGGAAACAUGGCCUCCGUCCUCCAAAUCGGGCCCGGCCUGCAACGCGGCGCUGUUGCGGCGCAAACGCCAGCAGGCAGCGAGUAAGAAGCAGGUGUACGGCGCGUUGAGGGAUCCGUUGGAGGUGGAUGAUGCGUUUAAUAUCCCAAUGGGGGCCGAUUUGACUAAGGUUGUGCAGGAGUAUUUUAU